AUGGAGUCAGAAGAAAAAGAAUCUCGUAGGAAAAAGAAUUUCGUUCGUAAUAGAUUAGAUCAUAAGCCUUUAUUUGGUCAAUUUAUUUCACCUAAACUAUUGGCGACAGAACAGAAAGAUGCAAAAAAUCAAAAGGAAAAGCAGGAAAAGGAUGACAGGUCGUUUGAAUCGGAUAAACUUGAUCCUUCCAGUUUAAUCAAGAGCAAUGCUGACACAGCGAUAAUACGUUUUUUGAAAAAAGUCAAAAAAUUUCAAGAUUCUGCGUGGAAAAAAAAUCCAAUUAAGGCAAAAUCAAAACCUCGAUUAGUUUAUGGCUUAAGAGAAAUACGAAAGCAGUUAUUGCUUGAAACAGUACAAUGUGUUAUAUUGGCGCGCGAUAUUGAGAUCGAGAAAACUAAACUUGCUACUAAAGUCGAUACGAUUAGGGAAAUCUGUGCAUCCAAUCAUAUUAAUAUUCUUUGGAUAUCCUCGAAGCACGAUUUAGCUAAAGCGGUAGAUAAAUGGCCAAUCGUAUCUGCUAUAGCGAUUCUUGAUUAUCGCGGUGCUGAAGAUGCAUACAGCGAAGCGAUGCACACACUUACAAACUUUAUGGCAUGUUGUCGGAUUGUUGAGCAUACUGAUCAGCCAUCACUACUCGCUUAA